AAAAAAAAAAAACUAUAUAAACCUGUCAGCAACGAGAUGGUAGCUGGUUUGAAAGCAUCUCACUUUUUUCUUUCUCUUUCCCUUUGCUUCGACGUACUGCUUCCUUCCCAGCUUAUUGAAUGGCCAACCAAGAUAUCGUCAAAGUCGAAGAGACCACCAUCGAUCAUUGUCCUAGCGAUGCUUCCUCUGAUCUCGAACAAGACAAAUAUGUCGGCCAUAAGGGAACGGGUUCUUUUUUCACCGCAUACUUUAACGUCGUAUGCGUUGUAGCCGGUACCGGUACGCUUGGUCUCCCUAGAGCCCUUGCUCUUGGAGGUUGGCUUGGAUUGCUCAUCCUCGGACUUGCUUGGGGCAUGGCUAUAUAUGGCGGAAUUGUGUUGAUUCGCUGCUUGUACUAUAAGCCUGGUCAACGUCUCCAUGACUAUAAGCAAGUCGCUACCCAUGCAUUGGGUUGGGUUGGAUAUUGGGUCACCGCUAUCCUCCACAUUCUUAAUGUCUUUGGUUGUCCCACGUUGUAUCUAGUAUUGGCAGGUCAAAACAUGAAUGAAAUGCUCAAAUAUACCAACGGCGCUCUUACCAGCGCAACUUGGACUAUCAUUUUUGGAUGUGUGUUGCUCAUCCCUAUGGUCACCCUUAAAACUAUGAAGGAAAUUACCAUUGUUUCUGCUUUGGGUGCACUUUGCACAGCUAUCGCCGUUUUUGUUGUCGCCAUCGUUGCUCCAAUGGAUGCCAAGGCUCACCCUGAUCCCGUCAAGUAUGCUCACGAUGCUGUCAUUUGGACUGGUUUUCCUUCCGCUCUCAGUACCAUUGCUUUCUCAUAUGGUGGUAUCAACACUUAUCCCCACGUUGAACAUGCUAUGGCCAAACCUUGGCAAUGGAAUUACGCAGUGGCCACUGGUCUUAGCACCUGCUCUGUUCUCUACUUUUUGACCGCCGUUCCCGGUUACUGGGCUUACGGUAUAGCCACUCAAUCUCCCAUUUAUGCUUCGCUUCCAGAAGGCACUGGCAAGUUGGUGGCUAUGAUUGUCAUGACUAUUCAUGUUGUCGUUGCUGUCCCAAUUUAUACAACCACCUUUUCUUUGGAAACCCAAGAAUGGUUACGUACUGAGGAACGGUUUGGCCCAUUCGGCGCAUGGGCUGCUCGUGCCGCUAUCCGAACUCUUAUUAUGGUCAUUGUUGUAAUUCUAGCUGUAUACAUCCCAUACUUUGGAGACUUUAUGUCUUUGAUUGGUGCUUUGACAAACUGUGGCCUUGUCUUCUUACUUCCAGUCCUUUGUUACCUCAGACUGACCGGAUGGCGCAACAAGCCUAUUUAUGAGCUUGCCUGGUGCGCUUUAAUUGUUUUGCUUGGUGUGGUUGGUAUGAUCUUUGGUACCAUCGAUGCUGUCAAGGCUUUAGUCGCUGAUUUCCAGGCCGGUCAGUAAGCGAGCCAUUAUAUAAAUAUUCUCAAGUCCUCCUCUCCAGAGCAGUUGCUAGCCAACUUGGGCAAAAAAAAAUUUUUUUUGGCUCUCUUUGGUUACCUGCUUGGCUCAUGUAUAUCAAAAAAGAAUCCCCCCAUCUUGUGUGAAUAUCUUUUAGACAGUUAACGCAACUUGGCUGCGCUGUAAUAUUAGAAUAUAAAAUAAAAACAUAUGUAUUGAAAUGAUAAUUGAAAC